AUGAGUGGCACAAUGGAUAAAUUGCCUCACAGAGUAGAGGAGACGGUUUUGAAGCAAACGUUCUGGAUUGAUCCCGCGUAUAAAGUGACCAAGGGACUCGGUCAAGGAGCGUAUGGCUCUGUCGCCUCGGCUGUGCACAUUGCUUCUGGCGAAAGCAUUGCUAUUAAGAAGGUCUCGAAUGUAUUCACGAAGCGGAUCUUAACAAAGAGAGCUCUAAGAGAGCUUAAAUUACUUAGGCAUUUCCGUGGUCAUAAGAACAUUACGUGUUUGUAUGACUUGGACAUUACGAAUCCGUCUGCCUUUAACGAGGUGUACUUGUAUGAAGAGCUCAUGGAGGCUGACCUCCAUGCCAUUAUCCGUUCUGGACAGCCCCUGACUGAUGCCCACUUCCAGAGCUUCAUAUAUCAGACCCUUUGUGGCCUAAAGUACAUCCACAGUGCCAAUGUGCUGCAUCGUGACCUGAAACCUGGUAACCUACUGGUCAAUGCAGACUGUGAGCUGAAAAUCUGUGAUUUCGGUCUUGCUCGUGGAUUUGAUCCGGAUCAGAACACGGUCAUGUCUGGCCAGCAGGAAUUCAUGACAGAAUAUGUCGCCACCCGUUGGUAUCGCGCGCCCGAAAUUAUGCUCUCUCAUCAAAACUACAACACAGCUAUCGACCUUUGGUCCGUUGGAUGCAUUCUCGCUGAACUGCUAGGACGUCGCCCUAUUUUUAAGGGUAGUGACUAUGUGGAUCAGUUGAACCAAAUUUUGUACUAUAUCGGCACUCCAUCAGAGACCAUGUUGCGUCGCGUUGCAAGUCCGCGCGCGCAGCAGUACAUUCGCUCACUGCCCUUCAAAGCACCAGUGCCUUUUGAGCAGCUGUAUCCUCAGGCCACGCCACUUGCGAUUGACAUGCUGCGUCGUCUUCUUUCAUUUGACCCUUCGCAACGUAUCACGUGUGACGAGGCUUUGGAGCACCCGUAUUUGGCAGUAUGGCACGACCCGAACGAUGAGCCUGUUUGUGCCAACAAGUUCGAUUUCAGCUUUGAACAGGUGGAUGACAUUGAAGGUAUGAAGAAACUCAUUCUUCAGGAAGUCAUCAGUUUCCGCCGCGAAGUUCGAAUCCAAGCACAGCAGCGACAGGCCAUACUCAUGCAGCAGCAGCAGCAGCAACAACAACAACAGCAGCAAAUGUUGCAGCAGCAUCAGCCUUCUCAGAUGUCUCCUACGGCUGUGGCUGCCCAGCAGAGUGCCCAAGCCACGCGUCGUCGCGAUGAGCAUUUUCCAACGUCGCCACGGGACGUAGUCCAGCGGUCCGCUGGCGAUCACCACACAUACAACAUUUUAGGCGAGCCCAUGAGCUCAGAUGGCACCCCCAAAGAUGCUGGUGACGUUGCUGUGGCUGAAAGAGACGCGAUUAUGGAUCCUUACGAUGCCUUCAACAGUCAGAUCGGGCCAGAAUAG